AUGGACAAGCGCAAGUCUGAUGGCACGAAGAUGGAGGUUGAGCCAGAGCAGCAGCAACUCGACGGCGACCGCAGGAGCUGCAGCUGCGGCAGCAGCAGCACAGUACCACAGUUAGCGGAACUAUCGAGCGACGAUUUUCAAGCAUAUAAUCGGUUGGCUGAGUUGAUGAACCUAUAUCAUAACCACUUCAGACGUACUUGGAACAUGCUGUACCAAAUCUGUACAUCUGGCUCUCGCCCCGCGGGCGUCUCGAUCCGGGCGUGCAUAACUCAGGGGUUGCAGCUCUGCCAGUCUUUGACAAUGCACCAUACGAUGGAGGAAAGGUACGUGUUCCCCGUCCUCGCGGAGCGGAUGCCACAAUUCCGCGAAAACGACCAUUUGAUUUCGCAGCAUGAAAUGAUACACGUGGGUCUGGUCAAAAUGGAAGAAUACCUCGACACUUGUCUGGGCGGGGAGCGCGAGUUGAGAUGGCCCGAAGUGAAGGAGAUCAUGGAUAGUUUCGGCGAAGUGUUGUGGAAGCACCUUGACGAUGAGGUUGAUCAGUUGGGCGCGGAGAAUAUGAGAAAGUUCUGGACCAAAGAGGAGGUCUUGUCCAUGGAUUGGUAG